AAUAUGGCUACUUUCCAGAAAAUAAUGUUUUGAGGGAGAUUUUUGUUAUGUAACUAAUUGAUGUUGCUGUAACCAUGCUGAAAUUUGUAUCUACGAAACCUCCAAAAGGAGGCCAGUCAAGUCAAGGAAGCACUGAUGAGAAACCAAGAAAAAAGAAGGGAUCUUUUCGUUGGAAGAUUUUCUCAAAACGAGAAAAUCCCCAAACUUUCGAAGACCAUGAUGAUAAGAGUGAUGAGUUUGACGCAAGAAGGGUAAAAGAUAGUGAAAGAAACAUGGACGAAUAUUUAACCAACCAAGCCGACUACGACAAUUAUGACUCUUCUCAGCGGAAAGAUUCGUCACAAAAGGCAGUAAACGGAAAAGCUACCUACACAAGGUCAUGGUCAGCGGGAUCAGAUUCUAGUGUUGAUUCAUAUAGAGGAUCACAAGCAAGAAAACAUGUCUAUGACCCUUACAAAGGUCAAGGUCAUCCACUUCGUCAUGUGACCUGGAGUCCUGAUGUAACGGAUGGAAGUGAACAUGGAUUUUCUUUUGACACUAACAACAUAAUGCAUCAUGAUUCUAGGCAACAUGAGAAAGACAAUAUUUUGGGCAAUGAUUUUAGGCAACAUGAGAAUAUUGUGGGCAAUGAUUUUAGGCAACAUGAAAAUAUUGUGGGCAAUGAUGCUGGGCAACAUGAGGAUUAUUAUUGGGACAAUUUAGAGCAGUUGAAUAGCUCACAACCAUUUAAGUUAUUUCAUCAAGGUACUUGUGCUUUAGAUGAAAAUGGACCAUUUUACCAAACAAUUAACAAGAAAACACCGCCAGUUUCUCCUGGACAAUCCCAUCCGUCAUGUUCAAGAAGAUUAGAAUUUUAUCCAAGGGACCAGUUUGUACAUCAUGUUGGAAAACCAAUUCUAAAUAGAAAAUAUGAAAUGUAUCCAAGCGUUACAUUGCCACAUAGAACUAAAACUUCAACGGCCACUGCCGCAGCAGCUAAUUCAUACGCCACUGUUGGACCAAGGACUUUAAAAAGGAAUUACAAUAUCCCAUAUAGUGUUCCGGUUUCAUCUACAAAAUCAUCGCAACAAUCUAUUCCUACAAAUGUGUCACAUGAUAAGCCAAAGUUGCCUCCCCUUAAUAUUCCGAUACAUAGAAAUUUAAUGAGGAAUUACAGUGUACCCUAUUGUGUAUCGUCAGAACCAAUUUCUUCUCCGAGGGAAAUUUCUGUCAAUUCAAAGUUAAUUUUUUCUCCGUCAAUUUAUAGUACACCAAAACAAAGGAAGGAAUAUGGCUCAGAUAAUACUGUGAAAUCUUGGGACCAAAAACCUACUAUUUCCACAGACUACGAUCGUUUAUUGACUACUGAAGACCAAUUCACAAGACCCAGUUCAGAGGGACCAUCUCCAAGAAUUUCACAAACAUUCUCAGAUCCUCUUUAUAAGGAGGAUAAAUACUUAGAUUUUAUACAGAACAUAAGAAAAAGAUAUCCUCAGCAGGACCUUAAUGAAGUACAAAGUAAUACAACAAAACCUACCAAGAGAGGUGACAGUUCUCUGCAGGGAUCCAGUCAACUUAAUGGUAUUACAAGUGUUUCUGACAAAUUUGAAGAUAGGAAAUAUUCUCGGCAUUCUAAUGGUUAUCAAGAUGUGACACCAAUGUCUUCUCCACAUGUGAUGACAUCUUGUGUACCACAAAUUAAUAACCAUGAUGUGAAACAUGAAACAGUGAACAGAUAUCAGUACUCUACCAGAGAUCAAUUCUCUGGCUCCCCUGGAAUGUCCCAGUCCUCAACACUAAGAAACAUGAUCACCAGGGCCCAAGAUCACCAUGGCAACAGAGAUGAUGACCAACUUGUCCUUGACCUUGUGUACAUCACAGAAAGGAUUAUAUCUAUGUCCUUUCCAUCCGAUGGACACGAGACUACGUACCAAUAUAACUUAAAUGAGGUCAUGAACAUGCUGAAACAGAAGCAUGGAGACAACUGUAUGGUCAUCAACGUCUCUGAACAAAGACCAGACUUACAGAAAGUUAAUACACAGAGAGUGGUUGACUAUGGAUGGCCAGCACACUUAGCACCACCACUAGAACGGCUAUGUAACAUUUGUAAAUCUAUGGACUCCUGGCUCAACUCUGACCCCAGUCAUGUUGCUGUCAUCCAUUGUAAAGGAGGUCAAGACAGAAUCGCCAUGGUGAUAGCAGCUUUUAUGCAUUACUGCAAUAUCUGUGCAAGUUCUGACCAGGCCAUGGACAGAUUUGCUAUGAAAAGAUUCUAUGAUGAUAAAUUAAGUGGAAUUUUACAGCCAGCACAAGAAAGAUAUGUACAGUAUUUUGCUGGUUUAUUAUCCGGUAAAAUUAAAAUCAACAGCAAUCCACUUUACCUACAUCAUCUUGUCAUCCAUGGUGUUCCUAACUUCGAUACAAAGGGAGGAUGUCGGCCAUUUAUUAAAGUUUACCAGGGAAUGCAGGCAAUUUUUACAUCAGGAGUCUACAAUGUUACAGACCAGAUGCAAAAAGUGUGUAUAUCAAUAUCACCAGGAAUUCCACUGCGUGGGGACAUUAUGAUUAAAUGUUUUCAUAAACAUAAUUCCGGAGGCCGAGAACCUAUAUGGACCACCCAAUUCCAUACAUGUGCAAUUUCUAAUAUGAAUGUUUUGUUUGCUAAAAAUGAAUUGGAUGAAGCUAAAGAUGAUCCUCGUUUUCCAAGGAUAGGGAAGGUUGAGUUUGUAUUUGGUAAAAGUCAGGACAGUAGAGUAUUAGUACAUGAUUUUAAAUCAGACGUAACAGUGCCAGUUAUAGAUGAAGACGGACUCAAACGCUCAGAAUCUUACGAGAAUUUCCUCCGUGCCGGGGGAAUGUCUGUGGAUGAUAUGCGAGACAUGGCCAUGUCCCAUAAUGCAACAUCACGAAUUUCAUACGGACAUGCAGAGGGCCCAGUUGAUGGCAGCUUAUAUGCAACAGUUCAUAAACGACAGCAUGAAUUUGUCGAUAACUCAACUAUUUUACAAAAUGGCAACACACAGUUUCAAAAUGGCUCCCAGGCUUCAAGCGUGGAUUCUGGUAUUUCAGCCUCCUCGGGAUUAGUUGGAAACACGAGCACGAGUCAGUACAGCUCACAUGCACGUACUAGUGAACCAGUCCAACAGCAGGGAUACAGUACGAGUAACAACACAAUGAAAUCAAGCUAUAGUUCUCAAAGUACCCUGCCAAAAAAGGCAGCGACUGUGGACGAACAGAAGGAACUCGAUAUGAUUCUUAGUGAUCUGUUAAAUGACCAAGUUUUUGUUACUAGCCCUAAAAGUCCCCCUAAAAGUAGCCAUUCUUCAUCUAACGAUACACGAACAUUUAGGACGUACGAUACUGAAAGGGGUCCAGACGGGAAACUAACAUAUCGUACGGCUGAGGUCAAUUAUAAAGUGCCAGAACAACAACAAACAAGUUAUUCCUAUUCAACAAGAACAUUUAACGAUGAUAGUAAAACAUAUGUGCCUCCAAAUGCCUUCAGCUAUACUCCAGCAUCGCCCGAGUUAGCUCGACGAACCGAAUCAUCUAAAACUACAACAUUACCUUAUAGUGUACGGACUGAUUAUGAACAUCAGAAUGGUGACCAAUUCUCAUACUCACGGUCUGACGCCGAUAACUCAUCGUGGUUACAGCAACAACAACAGAAGUUACGGGAACGGAAAGAUAGUAAGUCAGAAGAGAGACAGCAACAGGAGAAACAAUUAGUAGAUGAAUUAAGAUCCGCACAGAAUAAAUAUUUUACGAAACGUGCUCAAAAUGAGGCAGAUGAACAAGCUGUUAUGCAGACCUCAUUUCAACAAAAUAUGUCACCACCCCCGACUAUGAGCAAUGGACCCUCAACGGGAAAUUACUCAUACUCCAUGAAUAAGACUCAUACUUUUUCGACAGAUAAAUCUCCAGAGCCUCCAGUGAGAACGUACCCUACAGGUGAAUCUUCCUAUACAACUUCAAGCUACAGAACUGAAUCUAACAAACCGCCCCCAUCACCGGGGCAAACCAGGACAAAUAUUCAAAUAAAUAUGCCUGUAUCACCCCCACUUAGGAGUAGUAGCAAAGAUUACAUGCAACGGUCAAGAACAAGUAGUUCAAGCAAUUCAUGGCAGUCCUCUCAGGGUCAAAAUUCAUAUCGUCAAAAUUCUGACUCUACUUUCGAUAGGCAGUCUGAAGUCAUACUGCCGCCAGUAGUCAAAACAAUUACCAUAACAACCCCUCCCCUAUCACGGCGUAGCUUCUCGCCAACCAACCAACAGAAUGUCCAAAAGACAUCUAAUUAUGAAAUUCGUCAAACCAUAAGGGAUCAGUCACCUGAUUUCACUAAGAGCCUUCCGAGAUAUUCUCCAACAAAAACCAAAGUGACGGAAAUUCAAGAAACAAAUUUCCCAGAAGGGGAUAAGAAAUCUCAUUACAUCACUGAAGUUUACGUCCAUAGAACUGCCGGAGAUAAUAAUCCAGUGCCAGUCCAACAUCAUAGAACAAACACAGUCGAAAGAACGGAAAAAACAGAAAUCGACAAAACAAGAUCAUUGGAUGAACUUGAAAAAUCGUUACAAGCCGCAUCCAAUUCAAUAAUCGCAACAAAACCAACAUGGCAAGUUCAAAACCAACAACCGCAACAACCACAGACAGGAAACCAGGGAUUCCAGAAGAUAGAGCAAACCCAAAGAGUAACACGAAAAUAUGAAACGAGAACAUUUGAGACCCAUAAUCAGCAGAAACAGGAUACAGUGAGUAACGAGGAACCACGAAGCAUGUCACCGUCAUGGGAUAAUGUUUCCCCGCAUGUAAUCAUAGAUAGUGAAAUCCAGGAUUCAGAAUUAGACGACGAAGUUUUGUUUUUAAUGAGCAAAUAUUCUGAGGAAGAGCAGCAUCAAGAAAUAGCUGCCCCACGUCCAAAACAUAUCAACGUGGUCGAGGAAGACCGAUUUAGUCUGAGACCCAUCGGUCCUGGCAUGCAACCCCUGGAACCAGAAGGCAUCCAAACUGGUACUCUGCCCAGAUCUACCACACCGAGCUUCCCUGUUAGCCCUGUGUCAACUGCAGAGCAAGUUAUACAGUCGGUACAUCAGAAAGUCCGGCGGUUGUCGCUGGGAUCCGUAAGAGAUCUGCAUGUUACUCCUCCAUUUCCAAUUACUCCAAGAUCACCAUACUAUACAAUGCAAGCUUCCAUGCCUAGUUUGUCACCUACAACGCCACCUGUAUUUGAUAAAGACGAGCAUUACAAUCGCAUUGUCAGCCGACAGAUCACAAGAUCUACGGCGGAUCGUACUUCAGAUCCACUUUAUGCUUCGAUACCUGAAGAUCUUGCUAGAAGGCAGAAGUCAGCAACCCAUCAACAGAAUCAUCAACAACAUCAACAGCAGCAACAGACACAGCAGCAGACGGAACAUCGCGAGUACAAAUACCAGACUCAACAUCAUUACAACCAACAACCAGGACAACAAUUUGUGACUGGUUCCCAGCAGAAUGUUAAUAUGAUUGAAGGAAUGCCACCACAGAAUAUACCAAUUCAACAUCAACAAGGUGGAUCUAAUUUCAACACUAUGAGUUCAACACAUGGUUCAGUUUCCUCUCCACAAGGUUUCAACACUUUAGGUUCUAACCAAUCUCCACAAGGUUUCAACACUUUAGGUUCUAACCAAUCUCAACAAGGUUUCAACACUUUAGGUUCUAACCAAUCAUAUCGCACGGAAUCACAUGACAAAUACCAUACAAUGGGUUCUACUGGUUCACAGGAUAGGUUUGGAACAAUGGGUUCACAGCCAGAAACUAGUAGGUUCGCAACAUUGGGUUCACAGCAAGAUAGGUUUGGCACAGCCGGUUCACAGCAGGAUCGGUUCGGCACAGCCGGUUCACAGAACUUCAGUACAAUGAGCUCCGGACAUCAACAACAGUUUGGUACAAUGGGUUCACAGCAGAAUGGAGGAACUCUCCAUGUAGAUACAAGACAAGGAAAUAUGCACAGUGGUCCCUCUUCUGCAGGAAGUCCACACUCACCAGAUACCUUGAAUCAGUUACGCCAGCAACUACAUGUAGCUCAUAACAUGUCUUCCAGUUCAGGGGGCGCUCUUAGUCCAGGGCCCCACUCUAUGACAGGUCAGAGUUCACCCAGUGUCUACUUUGGUUUGUCAAGAAGAGGAAGUCUAACCUCACUAGCAGACAAUAAUGAUGCAGUACAUGCCACUCCAAAGUUUGUUAAGAACACAUCCAAGUAUUGGUACAUGCCAAAUAUAACCAGGGAAGAAGCCAUUCAGAUGUUGAAAGACAAAUCUCCUGGUACAUUUGUUGUGAGGGACAGUAACUCUUUCCCCGGAGCCUUUGGUCUUGCCUUGAAGGUAGCUACGAUACCUGCCGGUGUCCAGACGAAGUCGUCUGGCGAUCCAGCCGCUGAUUUAGUUCGCCACUUCCUCAUUGAACCAACGCCAAAAGGUGUUCGGUUACGUGGUUGUAGCAAUGAACCUGUGUUUGGUAGUUUAGCAUCACUUGUUUACCAACACUCAAUAACUCCAUUGGCUCUGCCUUGUAAACUGGUACUACCAGAAGUUGUUUUACCAAGAUUUGUCCCCUAUGUUCCAGUUUAUGAAGAUCAAGCCAUGGAGAGCAGUAUGGACAUGUCACACACAUCAGAACUACCAUCCUCUGCAGCAGCUCUUCUAGCACAGGGAGCAGCUUGCAAUGUGUUGUACAUUAACUCAAUAGACACUGAGUCAUUAACAGGCCCACAAGCUGUAGCCAGGGCAUUAAAAUUAACCUCUGAAAUGGGCCCACCACCAACAUCAACAGUGGUCCACUUUAAAGUUUCUAACCAGGGUAUCACAUUAACAGACAACCAACGAAAAUUAUUCUUUAGAAGACAUUACCCUGUGUCAGCUGUAACAUACUGUGGUAUGGAUCCAGAAGGAAGGAAAUGGAAGAGAGAUGCAGAUAUAGCCGGAGUACAACUAGAAAGCAGGGUAUUUGGAUUUGUUGCUAGGAAACAUAGCGGUGCCUCAGACAAUGCUUGUCAUCUCUUUGCUGAACUUGACCCUGAACAACCAGCUUCAGCCAUAGUCAACUUUGUUACCAAAAUUAUGAUUGGUCAAAGCAGCAAGAAAUGAGCAAAAUGUGAUAAUUAUUUGUUUUUCAUAUAUAUUGGCAUUCUCCAGCUACAAAUAUGUGUAAAGAAAUAUUGGAAAAGCGACGUAUAUAAUUUGUUUGUUUUUAUAAAUGUUUUCAUUUAUUUCAACUCUCAUGUUGGUAAAAAAAAUACAGAACUAUGUCACAGAUGACAAAACCAGAUAACUGUUUAAAAGAUCUAAUUUUAGAAUUAACGAGAUUAGUGAUCUGAUGAGAAUAACGAGGGUAAUUAACUUCAUCAAGUACAUGUUGUAACACUAAGUUUGAGUUGAACGGCCUUGACAUUCAUUGCUGCAAGUGGCCAUAUUGAAAAUGGAUUUUUUUUAAUGCUUUAGUAUAUAUUUACAACUCUGAUGAGCUUUAUGUUGUUAAUGAUAUAUAAAUGUUUGUUUAUUUUUUAUUUGUUUACAUAUAUCAUGUUAUGUUUGUUUGUAUAAACAAGAGUGAUUGCUGUCAUUUUGUAGAAAUUAGUUUAUUCAUGUAAGCCUAGAAAGUUUCAAUAAAAAUUAUAAAGAAAACAAUUUGAGGGGGGAUUGGAAGGGAUAUAAAAUGUUUUACCGUGAAAGAAAAGGUCAAAGGUUAACAAAAGGGUUCAAUCCCAUGAACCCUUAAAAAAAAAGAUCAAGGUCCCUGAAAAGGGAUUUUUGUGUCAACAUAUUCCUUCUUGUCUAAUGUUUAAAAAUUGGGGAGAAAAUUUAUAUGUGCCUUUUGAGAUAAAUCGAAUGGCAAUGAUUUUUUUUCUUUCAAUUAGCAUAAAAAGUAUGAAUAUGCAAAUUAAAUAUAUUUAUUAUACAUAAUUAUUACAUGUGUGGAUGUAGAUGUUCAUUUGUUUUAAUUAUUCAUUAUUAUAUAUGUGUAUAAGAAAUUCUAUAUUUAUGAAAAAAGUUCAAUUGAUAUAGCUGACUAUGUAUAGUCUUUGUUUUAGUGCAGUGUUUAGUAUUUAUAAAGCUGACUUUUUAGCACUGAGAUAUAUGCAAAUAAGGGAGUGCCCCUUAGAACAUUUAAAAAAAGCUUGCUGUUUAUAUAUGAUUUCUGUUGUAUGAUUGAGUUUACUUUCGAGAGGAAGGAAUUAAUUCCUCGUAUUGAUUUGAGUUUAUUCAACUCUGUUUUCGCUAAAAAUUUUGACCCUUUCCCGCUUUCGUUAUUUAGUUAUUGUACUGAGUGGAAGGUUCAAAAGUUCAAAAUGUUUUUGUUGUUGACAAACAUUUAAGUGUAUGUACACUUAUAGAUGUACAUGUUUAGUUAAAUGUGAUACCAAAUUUUUAGAUAUUUCCGACAUAUUUUAUUUUUAUCCUCUUCAUGCCAUGUAUCUCGUAUCGCCUCUGCUUUAAUAUACCAUUUACGGGUUUUAUACGCAUUUAACUGUCAGUCAUCUCACACAAGUCUUGCCUUUAGUUACGUAGGAGAAAAAUAGUUGUAUUUUACGUGUUUUGUUGAGAUGUCUAAGUCUUGUUUAAAACGAUCAUCAUUUUUUGACACAGAAAAAAUAUGUAGAUCUCAAAAUAGAAGAAAGUUUACCCUUUUUCAGUCCUUUGUGAUAAUGAAUUAAACCAAUUAAAAUUUGAGUGAAGGAUGAGUUAAAGACUAAAGGUCAUCAAUUUUAUAACUAAGCAAAUUAUGAAUUGAUCAAAUUUAAAUUAUUUAUAUCAAAUUUUAAAUGAAUCUUUUGUAGUUUUCAGACCUUCAAAUGAUUUAAAUUUCAAAUUUAAUUUUAACAGUUAAAAGAGUAAGUAAAGGUAAUUAAAUUCCGUAGGUAAUUUCUAAUUCCUUCUUUAAUUAGAAAUGAAAAACAAUUCAUUGCCUGUUUCAUAUUUUUGUAUGAAUUUUAUAUAAUUGUAAGCUUGCUUGCUUUUGGUGCAAUUUAGUUUAAAAAAAAUGUACAUAAUCUCAAUAUUUGUUUUGGUAAAACAUGUAUUUUAUUGUAAAAUUGUAUCUAUAGUUACCAUGGUUACGAUAAAGGUUGUCGUUUGUCUGCAAAAUUUUCUAACCUACAUUUGACAUUAAGUAUAUAUAUAAUGUGUAUAGUGCUAUAAUGUUUUAUGUACAUGCUAUAUGUUAAGUCCAAAACCAUAGAUCUGGCUGAAAUAGGGGGUCAGAGAAGGGAAGUUGUUAGAAUUAUUUAAAUAAUUGAUUGUUCUAUAUAUUUUAAUCUGUAGAUUACAAAUAUUCUAAUUUUAUAUGCAAAUUUCAAUGUUACAGCAAUACCAUUGCCCUUUUUAUGGCCCCUUGUUUGAUGUACAGGUAUAAAAUGCUUUUGUUUUUGUAUAGACUGGAGUUUAUUUUGUCUUUAUUUAAAGCAAGAGAUUUGAAAAAGAAUUACCUCAAAAAUAGUUUAAAUUUUCUAUUGUAACAAAUUCCCCAGUCUGGACAUUAGUUAUCUCCCUUAAUUGAAAAAAUUACCUCCCUUUUGUGGAUACUUUGAGUCACUGGUUGAUAGAUUAUGACAUUUUGUACAAAUUAAAACAAGUAUAUUCCCUUUUCUAAAAAUGAACCUAAUUCCUUCUAAAUUGAACAUUAUUUUUUUUAAUUAAGUUUUCGAUUUUAAAAAACAAAACUUUGGAAGAGAGUUUUUCAAAUUUGAUAAACAAAAAAUAAGUUGUGUUUUUUUGUCAGAAUUUAUUUUCUAGUCAAAAAAAGUAUUUUUUUACCAACUAUACUAAAAGUUUUAAUUAUGAAUGUCUGCAAUUGAUCAUGGGAAUUGAAAUGGUCACAGUAGACAGGUUUAUAAAGUAAACAAACCAUGAAAUGUCUUCUAUCUACCAGGUGAAUUGAAUUAUCAACAGAGUAGACAGGAUUGUAUAGAAAACAAUAAACCCCAUGCAAACUCAUUAUUUAGCUUUGAUUUUAUAUUGUGAAGAAUAAAACAGUAGGAAUGUUACAAUAAACAAGUUAUAUGUGGUUAUAUAAAGAAGAAUAAAGUCCAUAUUUAUGAA